AACCUAUAAUCUCUCAAAAACCGAGAUGAAAUGAUUAGAUUUUCAACUGUAGCGAGCAGUUACACUUGGCGCCAAAAUGGAACUCACCUUAAUCUCAAAAUUUCUCACAUACCCAACUUCAAUGCCACUGAACCAUGGCAUGCUUCAAUCCUCCAAAAGCUCAAACAACCAAAACCUAUACAACAAUUACAUGCACACAUUAUAAUAUCUGGUCUUUCUCACAAUACACGUCUUUGUAACAGAUUAAUGAAUUCAUAUGCAUCAUGUCAACUUAUAUCAGAAUCCCACAAAAUAUUUUCUUUAAUAGAGCACAAAAACUUGGUUUCUUGGACUAUAUUAAUAAAUGGGUUUACAAAGAAUGGCCUUUUUCUUGAAGCUAUUGAGACAUUUAAACAGAUGGUUAAUUGUGGGUUAAUGCCUAAUGCAAUCACAAUUUCAAGUAUUUUACCUGCUAUUGGUAAAUUAAGAUUGACUUUGAUAGGAAAAUCACUUCAUUGUUAUUGUGUUAAGCAAAUGUAUCAAUAUAAUGUGUUUGUUCAAAGUGCAUUAGUUCAUAUGUAUUCGAAAUUGGGGUGUCCGAUUAAUGCCCGAUACGUGUUUGAUAGUAUGUCUGAAAGGAAUGUUGUGUCGUGGAACGCGAUUAUUUUUGCUUAUUCCAGUAAUGGUUUGGUUGAGGAAGCAAUUCAAGUAUUCAAUUUAAUGAGAAGGAGCUUGUCAGUGGAUACAUUUACAAUAAUGAGUUUGGUUUCUGCUGCUUUUGGCGUUGGGGGUUUACGAAUAGUUACUCAAAUCCAUGGUUUAGUAGUUAAAUCCGGUCAUGAUAACAGCCAACGUGUUGAAACUCGUCUAAUAGAGAUGUAUAUUGAUGUAAAUUGUGUUGAUGAUGCUUACUGUAUAUUCUGUGAUAUGCCUGUAAAAGAUGUGGUUGCUUGGACAUCGAUGUUAACAGGGUUUGUAAAGAGUGGACAAUGGAUUAUGGCUGUGGAACAUUUUAAUCGGAUGAUGGCCACAGAAGAAGUGGAACUUGAUUCUGUUGCUCUGAUAGGUAUCCUUUCGGGAUGCAGCAGUUCAGGAGCUUUGCAGCAAGGCAGGAGGGUGCAUGCAUUGGUAAUAAAAUUUGGUUUUGAAGGCGAUACUUUUUUAGGAUCAUCUAUUAUAGACAUGUAUGCAAAUUGUGCUAAGUUGGGUGAUGCCAGAAGAUUUUUUGAAGGGAUGGCUGAGAAAGAUGCUGCAUGCUGGAAUGCAGUGAUUGCUGGUAAUGGGAUGCAUGGUUACGGUAAUGAUGCAAUAGACCUUUUCCUGAAGAUGAAGGAUUUAGGUAUAGAUCCAAAUGAGUCAACUUUGGUUAGUGUCUUGAGCGCUUGUGGUCAUGCUGGGUUGGUUGAUCAAGGAUUGUAUAUUUUUGAAAAUAUGGUAGCAAGAUGGAACCUUUUUCCCAAUCAAAAGCACUAUGCAUGUGUUGUUGACCUUCUUGGACGUGCAGGGAGAUUAAAUGAUGCCUACUCAGUAAUUAGGAACAUGCAUUCGCAACCAGGUGUGGAUGUUUAUGGUGCUUUGCUUGGUGCUUGUAAAGCUCAUGGGAAUAUUGAGCUAGGUGUUGAGGUAUCACAGAGGCUUCUUGAGUUGAAGCCACGUGAUGCAGGUUAUUAUGUACUUCUCUCAAAUAUUUAUGCUUUGUCUGGAAAUUUGGAGGGUGUAAUGUCAACCAGAUUAUUGCUUAGAUCUAAAACUUUGAAGAAGGAUCCAGGUGUGAGCUCAAUUGAGAUAAAUGGAGCAGUUUACACAUUUAUGGCGAGCGAAAAGGAUCAUCCACUAUAUAUUGAGAUCUCUAGGUUUCUGAAGGACUUAAUCUUCAGAAUACAAGAAGAAGGAUAUGUGCCUGAUUUAAAGUCUGUUUAUCAGGAUGUGGCAGAAGAUCUGAAAAAGGAUAUUCUUUAUCACCAUAGUGAGAAGUUGGCUAUUGCUUUUGGAUUGAUGAGAACAAAACCAGGAACAAUCAUACGGGUGACAAAAAAUCUCCGAGCAUGCAAUGAUUGCCAUUCUUCAUGUAAAUAUAUCUCCAAAGUUUUCGGAAGAACGCUUGUCAUCAAGGACAAAAACCGCUUUCAUAUCUUCCAUGGUGGGAAUUGCUCAUGUGGGGACUAUUGGUGACAUUUUACUCUGAUUAAUCAACAUUUAACUUAUCCCACGAAACCACCUCAUCUGAAAAUGUCUGAGAGUAAUUUUUACUACUCAGUUUGGAUGUAAAAAACAUCCAAACCAAGUGGUGGAGCAUUUCAAAUGGACCAUGAACAUCAAUCAGCAUCAACAUAUCCUCAAAUGAUUCUGACCAGGUAGCAAAACUGUCACUUAUUGGAAGAGAACUGCUCCCUCUAUCUGCUUUUAGAACACCAAAUUGUCCAGAUACCAGAGGGAGACCUAGUUUUUGGUGGUAUUACAUGCUUGUGAUGUGGAGCAACCUAUGACUUCCAGAGGUGACGUUUUCAUUAGAAAAGGUGGAUGAAUAUCAUAGCGCUAAAUUGAAAUUGUAUGAAUUUGCUUGAAUAAAACACUGACACUCUAUGGGAUUGUAUGGUAGAUUAUAGUAGAAAACAGUUAGUGGUGAAAUACUAAUUGCAUGAAAAUAAAUGACAAAUUGACAACCUUUGCGGAAAACAGUUUCCACUUAUGCAAGGUAUUCCUCUCAGACGUGAUGAAGGGAUAAAACUGCCUGAAAUAAAUCUCUCU